AUGGUUGUGCGCUGGCGCGGAGUGGUUCAUUCAUUGGUUCCUCCCCUACGUCCUCUGACCUCCCGUGUCGUUCCCGCCAGUUUCCAGAUCUGGCUUUCUCUCGUGCCACUGCUCUCACCAGCUCGCCCACGCGUCCGCCCCUGCCCCUGCCUCUGCCUCGCCCCCGGCCUCUGGUGGCCGCUCUUGCCGCCGCGUUUCGCGGUUGGUGGCCUGCGGCGCAUUCGUCCGCACGUUCCUGAAGCACUUGCUGCCGGCUUGUGCCCGCUCGCCUUCUCCGUUCCGCGGCGCUUGCCGCCAGCACCGCAUCCUCCUCUUGUGCCUCGUCGUCUGCCUGCUCUAUCGCACGUCGUUCCACCUCAUCCUCCUCCCGUUGCUCGCCGUGCCGCUGUGAUGGCGGGGAAGCGUCCGCGGCGAGGUCGCGCGGCAGGGCGCUCUGCUGUUCCCAGCCCGCCAGAGGCCCCGGACGAGCUGGCGCCAGUCCUGCUCCGAGCCGCCGCUGCCCUGGUCGCGCGCGAGGGGGCCGGAGCCCCCUCUCGUCCACGUGAGCCGGUAUAUCAUUCGCCCCGUGGGCGCACCCACCCUCAUCUGCGGGCCCGUGGUGGUUCCUUCCGUCGUCGCCGACCGCCCCGGCCCCCACUUGCCCUGCAGCGGCAGAUCGUUGGUCCACAUCUCCCCGGGCCCCCUCCGGUGGUUCCGCAACAAUCUCCACCUCCGCCUCCUCUGCCCUCGUCAGCCUGGUCGUCCCAGCAGCAGUCGUCUGGUCCAACUGCCUCGUCCCCCGUGGCGGCCUCCCCUGCGUUAGCGUCGGCGCCGGAGCUGUCGGCUGGCGUCGCUGCGCCCCCUCUACCGCUGUCGCCGGCUCCCCCCGUGGUGUCGGCCCCGCUUCCUGCUCCGCCGCCCUCCUCCUCUCCUCCUCCCGGCGAGCCUCUGCAGCGGCAGCAUCCCCUGGUUCCGUCUGGGCCUGUUCCUGAGGCCCGCUUUCCUCCUCCUCGUGCCCGAUCUCCUGAGCUUCCCCCCGACGCUCCUGACCCCGAGGACGACGAGCGGUGGUGGAAUGGGGAGCUGUGGGAGUCCCCCCCCCAGCCUGCGACUCUGUGGGGCCGCGAGUGGGACAUCCACUGCGAUGUUGUGAAGGACAUCCUCCGCUGGGAGAAGCGGAUGGUGGCGGUUGGGGAGUGCAUGUCGCAUGUGGCGACCAUUCUCGAACAGUUGCACGCUGGCUUCGUGGCGCGGAACCUCGUUCUCCGUGAUCCUCAGCUGACGGAGCCCCAGCAGGGUGUUGUCCGGGAGGCGGCGGCGCAGGGUCUCUGGCGCCUCCUCCGCUUGCCCCUGGAGCCCGAGUUCCCCGAGCAGGACGAGGGUCCUGGCGCGCGGGCUUUCCGGCGGGUAGCCAAGGCUGCAGAGGAGUCUCCCCUCGAGCUCGUGCCUGCGCUCGCUGUUCUCUUGCGCUGGAUGCGGCGGCGGUUUUACGUGCUGAACCGCGUGUAG